AUGUUUAGGGAUAAAUAUCAAGCUGGUUUCUUAAAUCUUUUCUAUUCUGUUGGAUCAAAACCCCUCAGCAUUUGGGAACAGCACGUAGAGAAUGGCUAUAUCAAGAGACUUACAGACCCAGACAUCAGAUCUUGCGUUCUAGAAAUCGUUAGUACAACCGUUAACAAUACAUAUAUUACAUGUCCAAUAGAUCCAAAGGAGGAGCUUGCAAUUAAGCUUCCGUUUUUGGUCUUAGUAUUGAAGUACUUGAAGAAAUACUUUACAUUCGAAAUUCAAGUACUAGAUGAUAUGAAUAUGAGGCGUCGCUUCCGCGCAUCUAAUUUCCAGUCUAAAACACGUGUCAAACCAUUUGUUUGCACACUUCCAAUGAGACUUGAUCCAGGCUGGAACCAAAUUCAAUUUAACUUGAGUGAUUUCACUCGCCGUGCCUAUGGUACUAACUACAUUGAGACUCUUCGUGUCUCUGUAUAUGCUAACUGCCGUGUUAGACGUAUUUACUUCUCCGAUAGACUUUACACAGAAGAUGAAGUUCCACCAGAAUAUAGACUCAUUCCAACUAAACCAGAAGGAGAAGAGUAG